CCAGCAGGAGGUGGGCCGCGCUGCGCGGUGAUGUCAGAUCCCGGCGCCCGGUCCCGCUGCGCGCGCACUGGUGCUGCCUGCAGGAGCGGCGGGGGUGCUGUGGCAUCUCUGCGAGGGCGCCCGGCGGGUCCCUCCGGCCCGGGCAGCCUGUGUGCGAGCCCGGGGCCGUGCGGGGACAGUUGCACCGGCACCGCCCGGCGGCGGAGCGGGAGCGCGGCUCCGGCGGACCUGUGUCCGCUCCGUGGGACGCUGCGGGGAGCCCGUCGGGCGAAGGACCUGCCAGGCAGCAACGUGAAUCCCAGCCCUCGGGCCAGGGGGAGCCGCCCCGUGCUUGUGGCUGGCGCUGCUAGCGGGACCCCGCUCCGGGCCUACGGGGCUGACGGUGCCGGGGUCUGUGCCUGGCGCUGGAGCGUGGCACUCGCUUCUCUCUGCUGUUUCCAGAUCCAUUUUCCUGAGUCCAGCCCGGGCCACUGAGGAUCUGCAUCCCUUCGUUCCUGCUGCUUGGCUCCAUUCCCCCCUAUCUUUCCGCUCUGCAGGAUGAUGGCUGCAGCAGUCCUGGCUCAGCUCCAGGAGGCCUUUGAGGACGUGGCUCUGUACUUCACCCAGAAGGAAUGGGAGCUGCUGGAAGACCGAGAUAAGGUGCUUUACCGGGACCAGAUGCUGAGGAAUUACCAAGCCCUUGUUUCCCUGGGAUAUGAAGGUCCCAUACCAGACUUGAUCUGCCGCAUCCAGCGAGGGGAGGUGGAGCUGUGGGUCUGUGAUGAUUAUGACCCUGAAGAAAGUGUGCAGUCAGAGGGCGUGUCCCCAGAUUCUUCUGACACAAAGGGCACCUGGGACUCAUCAACAGAGGAAAAUUCCUGGCACUCGUUCCCUAGAGGAGAGACUUCCCUGCAAGCAGCAGGUGCCAGGAUGCUGAGCAGAGCUGAGCAACAGCCUGCUGAAGAACAGCUUGCAAACCUUGACCUGAUUCCAGCCGUUAACCAGCUGCUUAUGCAAUGGGGACAGAGAACAGCUGAGCCCUGUAGGAGGCGUAUAUGCAGUGAAGGAUUCAAGGGACAGAAGGACUUGAGGAGCCAUGAGGGCAGCACUCCCAUGGGGGAGGAACUGUAUAUAUGUGGAGAGUGUGGUGAGAGCUUCAGGGGCCAACAGGAGCUAAGGGUGCAUGGGCAAACUCAUGGGAGGCAGACGGCCCACCCUUGUGCUAAGAUGGAGCAGAGCUUUAACCAGCUGUCCAAGCUCAGAGUCCAGCACUGCAUCCACACUGGGGAGAAGCCCUACCAGUGCACUCAGUGUGGGAAGAGCUUCAAGCAGAGCUCUACACUUACUCAGCACCAGCGCAUCCACACAGGGGAGAAGCCAUUUCACUGUGGGGACUGUGGGAAGAGCUUCAACCAAAUGUCCCACCUACAAGUCCACCGGCGUAUCCACACGGGGGAGAAGCCGUAUGGCUGUACCGAGUGCGAGAAGAGCUUCAACCAGCUGUCUCACCUCCAAGUGCACCAGCGCUCGCACACGGGGGAGAAGCCCUAUGGCUGUGCCAAGUGUGGCAAGAGCUUUGCCCGCCAGGACUUCCUCCAAGUGCAUAUGCGAAUGCAUACCGGGGAGAAGCCAUAUCACUGUGGGGAGUGUGGAAAGAGCUUCAUCCACUCGUCUCACCUCCGUGUGCACCAGCGGAUCCAUACCAGGGAGAGGCCGUUUCACUGCACGCAAUGUGGGAAGAGCUUCAGAGAUCCCUCUGCUCUGACCAGGCACCAGCACAUCCACACCAAGGAGAAACCACAUGGUUGCACCCAGUGUACAAAGAGCUUCCACCACUCGUCCUACCUCCAAGUCCACCAGCGUGUCCACACAGGUGGGAAGCCACAUCACUGUCCCAAGUGUGGGAAGAGCUUUAACCAGCUGUCCCAGCUCCGCGUCCACCAGCGUAUCCACACUGGGGAGAAGCCCUACCACUGUGCACAGUGUGGGAAGAGCUUCCGGCAGAGCUCCACUCUUACCCAGCACCAGCGCAUCCACACAGGGGAGAAGCCGUAUGGCUGUACCGAGUGCGAGAAGAGCUUCAACCAGCUGUCUCACCUCCAAGUGCACCAGCGCUCGCACACAGGGGAGAAGCCCUAUGGCUGUGCCAAGUGUGGCAAGAGCUUUGCCCGCCAGGACUUCCUCCAAGUGCAUAUGCGAAUACACACUGGGGAGAAGCCAUAUCACUGUGGGGAGUGUGGGAAGAGCUUCAUCCACUCAUCCCAUCUCCGAGUGCACCAGCGCAUCCAUGUCAGGGAGAAACCGUGCCACUGCAGUGACUGUGGGAAGAGCUUCAGGGAUCCCUCUGCUCUGAACAAGCACCAACGAACCCACCAGCCUGCCCCUUGCCAUUGACAUAGGGUGGUUUCUGCCAUUUCUCCACACAGUUGGUGUCCUGAAGUGGGAGAGGGGGAAAGCCUGGCAGCUGGUCUAAAGUGCCCCCACCUCCACAGUCCCCAGGUGUUGGGUUUGCAUUUGCCUUGAAGAUGGGAGUGUUCUCCUUUAGCGUUUAGAUUAUGGUUGUAUGGUAUGGUUUGGAUAGAGCUGAUCCUGCCCCAGGUAGGAAGUUGGACUAGAUGCAACCUCUGGUUGGACUAGAUGGUCCCUUCCAGCCCCACUUCUCUAUGACUGACUCCUAGGAGAACCUCCGUAGUUGGGGUUCCGGGCUGCAGCAGGGAUGGAGGAGAUAAGCAGACUCAGGCCUGUGCUGCAGGAACUCUGGUUUGGUGCCCAUAUUGGUUGCCCAUGUUGUACUUAAGGGUGGCAUUUUGACAUUGCCCAAGAUGAGCCUUUCUUUUACUUUUCCUACUUUUGUAGUGUUAGGCUUGUUUCAGGGGAAGAAUUGACUGCUUUUGGGGGAGGGGGUGCAGGUUUGGUAGAAACCUUGGGAAGGGUGGAGGAUCUCUUCUGAGGUUGAGGUGGGGUGAUGGGAAUUGGGGAGCCGGGGGUUCAGAAUGGUGUCUUACAUUUGGCUGGAAGUAGCAACUGGGAGGCAUGGUUGGGUAGGUGGUGGUGGGGGGUGUGUGCUCGUGUAUGGGGUGAGGGGUGGGGGUUGGAGUUCUCACAUUUUGGGCUGUUUGAGGAACCCUGCCUUGUAUUUGUUUAUUGCAAGCCUGGCUGAGACAUUCAUGUAAGGCAAGGUAUAAAUAAAACAAUAAAUAGCUAAGUCAGUCUACCCCUAUGGGGAGUCACUGCCCAGAAAACAGCUUCCCUGGGGAGAUUCAGGCACUUGUGCCUGUCUGCAGGAUCUUUGAUGGUGCAGUGAUGAUAGCAGCGCCCUUGUGUAGAUAGUCUGUGCCAGCAAAGGGUGUAGAUUCAUGACCUCCUGGUUGAUGUGGGCUGAAGCAGAUGAAUGUAUUCCCCUGUCAGCAAAGCUGUGCCCACACCAGGUGCUUUAAUGGAGCAGCUGGGUCAGUUGGAGGAUGGGAAGUUUCAGUUCUGCCUGACCUAACCAUGAUGGUAAAACACCAAUGUCCUCAUUUCAAACACCAUGCAACCUUGCUUCCCUUUGUUUUUGCCUCUGUGAUAAUCCUACAAUGCCCCAGACCAUACCUGCCGAUGCCCCAGCACCCCUGACCCCCAAAUCCUCCCAGCAUCUUUCACUCUGUCCUAGGACCCCCAGUCCCCUUCACAACCACUGCUCUCCCCAGCCCCAGUGCCCAUCUUCCUCACUGCCCUUAUUCACUGCCACACUCUUCUGUCCCCACAGCCAGCUCAGUCUGGGUGGGGUGCUGGGUGAAUGGUUUUCUAGGCUCAGGGCUUGAGCACGCGGGGAGAAUGUAGUGUUUGUCUUGGGCAGCAUUAUAGCAUUUACCGCAAGGGAAAGCAUUCUGCCCUGGAGUAGGGGUUAUGGGAUAUAUGGACUGCUUUAGCAGUGUGUUCUUGGGGUGGGGGGGAGGUGCUCAUGGGGAGCCUGAGGAUUUUGAGGGGUCUGUAGUGAGUAGAAGAGUCCUGCAGGAAUCAUAGUAUUUGGGGUGAUAGAGGUUGGUGCAAGUGUUGCUGAGGGGUUCAAGUGACAGGGAGCCAGAGGGUCUUGGAUGUGCUAUAAGAAGCCAGGGCGGCUCAUGGGGAAUGGGAGGGAUACAGAAAUUAAGGGCCUUUCUCUCGCACCCUACUUGGUGAAGCUGCCUGGUGAGAAGAGCUAACAUUAGUGUGGGGAAAACUGAGUCCUCUCGACCCCUCCUUGGAAGAAGGGGCCUGUUACAGGGAGGACGCUGUGGCAGGUGCUGAGGGUAGCUCCCUGGGGCCGCAGGGGAAGGAGCCUGUUCCCUUCCCCCCACCUCCGCACACUGGGGUCUGCCUUGAUGAUGGUGACAAGACAAACAGCUCCAGCUCUUCCCAUCCCCUGCCAUGGACUGAGGGGAUUCAAAUGCCCCAGGCCAAGGUUGCACAGCCCUAAGCCCCCCCCACCCCCAAGGGCUGAGGGUGCAGAUGUGGGAGGGGGACAGCUGCCCCUCUGGAACUGCCCAUUGCUGGGGGGGGGGGUAGUUAUACCCCCAGAGGAGCCCCUCUGGGGUAUUAUUUUCCCCUCUAAGGGUAUUUUAAACAAAACCCCUUCCCCUCAAAUGGUACUGACUUUUCAUCCUCAGAGUUAAAAAGUCCUCAGCAUUGGGCAAUUUCCCUAUUCACUGCCUCCAGCGUGGUCCUUCCCAGCCCAAGAGCAGGGGCUGUUUUUUCCCCCUUAGGCUGGGGCAGGGUUGUCCCAGCCGCCUGUGGAGGGUUUGGGAUCAAGAGUAUGGUCGAGGGUAGAAAAGUAAGAAAGGUUUAUUGACUUAACAAAAACACAACUACGCGUAGUAACAAGACAAACAAUGACAGACAAAAGCAAUUUGCAUCAGCAACUUAUUGGCAGUCCCCUCUGAUGCCUGAUACACAGCAAGUUUCUCUCCACAAAGUUCAGCGAAGUCAGGCGUCCUUUAACAGCACUGUCUGAGGGGUACCGGGAAAGACCCUGGAAUGCAGUCCUUUGGGCUCCUUGAGGUCCACGGGCCCACUGAUCCAGGCAACAGCUAACUAAUCCUUUUUACAGAGCUGUAUCUUCCUUCUGAAUAGUUGCCAGAUAUUCCAGCCAAUUUAAAGCUUCUGAAUGGUUCUGAUAACGUACAACCGCUCAGAUUCCUUUUACUUCAACUGUCCUUAGACUGACCAAUAGCAGUACAAGCCUUGCAUUCUUUUGAUAAGGUAAUUUUAACUACGCCACAGGGCCUUACUACUUCAAGGCUUUGCUAAGUUUACUAGGCCUUACUUUAUACAAGGCCUCACUACAUCUUAGACUUUAAUUAGGCUUUUAGCAACAACAUAUAGCUUAAUAUCUAAACAAAUACAGAAAAACACUUGGUCUAAUCUUCAUAGAGCCUUCAGCAAGCACCUUGAUCACACAGGCACACUUUUCACCUGUCACACGGGGGUAGUGACACACCUGCCCUGGGAGACAUGGGAGGGGGGGAGGUGAGGGGAAAUGGCUGUGGGGGGCAGGGGUGGUUCUUGUGCCAUGGACAGUGGUAUCAGAGGCCCCUAUGGUGCUAGCAUCUCCCCCGGGGCCAGGGUUGGAGAAACCUGUGUCCUUCCUCUCACGAUGCCCUUGCAUGGACCUCAGGGCUCCAGGGAUUAUGCUGCUCCCUCCCUGCUGCUGCACUUGCUGCAGGGGGCCAGCACCCACAGGCACCCCUGCCCCAGCCAUGCCAGGUGGAGGUACUGGCUGGGGGCUCUAAACCUGCAUGUGUUCCUGCUUCUGUAUUCCCCAUUGUUGAGACACUGGUGGGUGGGGGGGGCUGCAUUAUGACCCCUGAGACCCAGCAGCUCAGGCCUGUGAGGUGUGGGGGCAGGGGCUCAGCUGCCUGCUGGGCACCUGGGAAGUCCCAUCACUAGGCCGCAGGGACAAGAUGAGCUGUCCUGGAGGGGGGCAGCCCUGAGCCUCUGUUACCAGCAACCCAGUACCAUUUGGUCUUUUGAGAAACAAAACUACAGCCCUUCUGUGAUCAGGACUCCUUUGCAAGCUUAGAUUUCAGGGAUGGUUGCAACUCCCUUACUGAUUAUCCUUUGUGUACACCAAGUCAAAAUGCAAUCACAUUUUCCAGUGAUACUCCAUUCCCUCUUAGCAGGUCAGGUAGAGGUGAGACAGGUCUAUAACCCAACCUUUUAUAGAUUAUAUCCCAUAACAGGCACUGCUUUGUUUAUCUAGCUACCAGCAACAGCACUACACAGAUUCUCACCUGUACUGGCUGGAGGAGACACAGGGAGGCGGAAGGUGGCAUGCAGGCUGGCAAGACCUUGUCUUGACUCUGUAGUGGUUUUCCCAAAGAUCCCCCAUUUACACCCAAUAUUUACAAGUGGCUCAUUUAAAUAAAGAUUCUGAUUGGUGUUA